AUGAUGAACAUUACUACCGAUGAAUCCUCUCUUCUUGCAUUGAAAUCAAGCAUUAACAUCAACUCUCAUCCCAUCAUAAUGACCAACUGGUCUAAUGCUUCCUCAGUGUGUGAGUGGAAGGGAGUUACAUGUGGCACUCGUAAACAACGAGUGAUUGCUUUAGACAUCUCCCAAAUGGGACUUUCUGGAACCAUUCCUCCACAAAUUGGGAACCUCUCUUUUCUUGUUUCCCUCAAUGCAAGUGGCAAUAGUUUCAGUGGGAGUCUACCUGAUGACUUAACUCAUUUGCGUCGGUUGAGAGUCUUUGAUGUUAGUAGCAACAAUCUCGUUGGAGAAGUCCCUUCACGGAUUGGGUUCCUAUCUAAUCUUCGAAUAUUGAUUCUUCACCACAAUCUCUUUACAGGAUCUGUUCCUCUUUCCUUUCUAAACUUGUCAAAGUUAGAAACGGUGGACUUGAGUUUUAAUCAAUUCAGUGGCUCUAUCACAUCUACAAUCUUCAAUGUUUCCACCUUAGAAAGUUUAAGAAUCAUAGACAAUCAUUUCUCCGGUACCAUUCCCCUAGAUUUGUGUCUUCAACUUAUAAAUCUUAGAAGGCUUGAAGUAACAAGUAAUGCUUUAAGUGGGGAAGUGCCAAAGAGUUUAUCCAUAUGCUCCAAAGUAAGAUAUUUGGGAUUGAAUUACAACCAUUUUGUGGGAACAAUACCACCCGAGCUUGGAAACUUAACCAGCCUUGAAGCCCUUCGUCUUGGGGGUAACAACCUUGUUGGAAGAAUUCCUAAAGAAAUUGGUUGUCUACAUGACUUGAAGCUAUUAGAAAUUGAAAACAAUCAGUUAACGGGCUUACUACCACCGCACAUGUUUAACAUGUCUUCACUUCAAGUGUUGAACUUGAACACCAACAAGAUAUCAGGUACAAUACCUCAAAAGAUGAGCAAUCUUGAAAAGUUGGAUUACCUUUUUUUACAAUUCAACUCUCUUGGUGGUUCCAUACCGUGGGGUAUAUUCAAUAUCUCUAGUCUAUUAGGACUAGAUCUUGGGUUCAAUCAUCUUUCAGGUAGCCUUUCCCCUAAAAUGGGCUAUAAGCUUCAACAUAUCAUAGAAAUUAGCCUCAAUGUUAAUAACCUUAGUGGAGCUAUUCCAAGCUAUAUAUCCAAUUGUUCUAAACUAGAAGUCUUAUUCCUUGAUAGUAAUAGUUUUAGUGGCCCAGUUCCUAACUCUUUGGGAGAAUUAAAAUUUUUGGAAAGAUUGACCAUAUUCAGAAAUAGUUUGACAAGCAAAAUCUCUUCUACCGGGCUCAAUUUUAUGACUUCAUUGACAAAUUGUAGAUACUUGAGAAAAAUAGAUAUAUCUAAUAAUCCUUUGAAUAUUGUCCUACCAAAUUCCUUUGGUAAUCUCUCCAACUCUCUUGAGAUCUUUGUUGCAUUUCGUUGUAAUAUAAAGGGCAAAAUUUCAAACGAAGUUGGUAAUUUAAGUAGUCUCAUGGGACUAGACUUAUCCCAUAAUGAAUUGACCGGAGUUGUUCCUAGAGGUAUAAGAGGUCUAAACCAACUUCAAAGGUUGAACCUUGGAUACAAUAAACUAACUGGGAGUUUGCCGAAUAGCAUUUGUAAUUUGAAAUACUUGGACAGUUUGACUUUAAGUAAAAAUCAUAUUUGGGGUUCUAUUCCUGAGUGUAUGGAGAAUGCUACUUCUUUAAGAGAUAUCUAUCUAGACUCUAACAGAUUGAGGUUUAGCAUACCAUCAAGCAUCUGGAAUCUUAAAGACCUCUUGAACCUAGACUUGUCUUCAAAUUUCUUGAAUGGCUCUUUACAUCCAGAGAUUGGAAACUUGAAAGUUUCAAUAUACAUCAAUCUAUCAAGUAAUCAUUUUUCUGGUUAUAUUCCAACUACCAUUGGAGCUGGUUUGCAAAGUUUGAUAAAGUUUUCCUUAGCUAAUAAUCUUCUACAAGGAUCUAUCCCUGAUUCUUUUGGAAGCCUGAUUUGUUUGGAAUACUUGGAUUUGUCAAAUAACAAUCUCACAGGAGGGAUUCCUAGGUCCUUAGAGAAGCUCCAAUAUCUCAGAGGUUUCAAUGUAUCUUUCAAUAGGUUAAGUGGAGAAAUUCCCAGCAAAGGCCAAUUUGUAAAUUUCACUUAUCAGUCUUUUAUGUCCAAUGAAGAUUUGUGUGGUUCUCCAAGGCUAAAAGUACCACCUUGCAAUGUUCAUUCUAAUUUUCAUCCAUUAAUAAGGAGAGCACUUCAGAUUGUAUUGAUCUCUGUGGCUAUGUUCAUAGUGGGAAUCUCAGUGAUUAUCUUUUUAUUGUGGAAAUGCAAAAGUAAAAAUUCCAUAGCCAAUGGGGUUAACUUUUUACAAGAAAUAGUGCCAUUGAGAAUUUCAUACUACGAACUUCAAAGAGCAACUCAAGGGUUUAGUAGUAAUAACUUGCUAGGGGCCGGAAGCUUCGGUUCUGUUUACAAGGGCACAUUUGGAAAUGGGUUACUCUUUGCUGUCAAGGUCUUUAAUUUGCAAGUUGAAGAUGCAUUUAAGAGUUUUGCUACUGAAUGUGAAGUUUUGCGCAAUCUCCGUCAUAGAAAUCUCACGAAGGUGAUAAGUGCUUGCUCUAACACGGAUUUUAAAGCACUCAUACUUCAGUACAUGCCGAACGGUAGUCUAGACAAUUGGUUGUACUCUGACCAGCAAUCUUUGCACAUCAUGCAAAGACUAAACAUCAUGAUUGAUGUGGCAUGUGCAUUAGAGUAUUUGCACCAUGGUUACUCAAGUCCAAUUGCUCAUUGUGAUUUAAAGCCAACUAAUGUUUUAAUUGAUGAAGAUAUGGUGGGACAUGUAAGUGACUUUGGCAUUGCGAAGUUACUUGGAGACGAUGAAUCGGUUGCUUAUACCAUAACCAUGGCCACAAUUGGAUACAUUGCCCCAGAGUACGGAUCAAAUGGGAUGAUCUCCACGAAAUGUGAUAUUUAUAGUUAUGGCAUAAUGUUGAUGGAAGUGUUUACCAAGAGGAAGCCAAAUGAUGAAAUGUUCACAGGAGACCUUAGUCUAAGGAGUUGGGUUUCUAAUUCACUUUCUCAUACUCUUGACGAAAUUGUGGACCCAACUUUAAUGAGGCCCGAAGAAUCGGAAUUUGGACAAAAAUUGCAAUGCAUAUCAUCUAUUUUAGAGUUGGCUUUGAGUUGCACAACCGAGUCUCCUGAGGAGAGGAUGGAUGUUCAAACUGUUGGAGGAGGUGAAUGA